GCGUAACAAGUGCAUCAAUCGCUGUUGCCACGCCGGGCUGGACCCCUGUGCAUAGCCAAUGACGCCCUCCGACUCCUACUCGGUUUAAGUUCCAUGUGGUCUAAAUUUUAGAAUUUGAGCAUCAACCAGCGCGCUCAUUUCUCUGCGCAACGCUCACCGCGUCUAACAAUCAUGCCCUCCGCAGCCCCCCAUACCCUUCUUCAACAUGCAAUCAAACCCAUCGAGCGACCUAUCGGUUAUGUCUGGCGAGGGCUGAUCGCGGCAUCGUACCCCUUGCGGGGCAUCUACUACUUCCUACGUCAUCCGGCCUACUAUCCGCUCUUCCUCAGUCGACUGCUGCCGCUCUCCAUCAUGUCGCUGCUAGUGUACACGAUUCUUUUCACAUUCACAUUUUUACCGCAGUACGCAUUCCUCGUGAUAUUCCACGGCUGGGGCGCCUGGGUCAACGCCGUGUUCCUCGUCCUGGGGGAGGGCUUGGUCAUCAUCCAGGGAUUGUUCGAGGGGUUCUUCGUCGACGAGUGUCGCGUGGAUGUAUUCGAUGCUACCCUCCUCGACAAGAACCUCGCCGACCUCGUCGCCUCGCACCGCAUCCUCUACCCCUCGGCCCCAACCUCCGUUAAGAAACUUGGCAAGCCCACCACAGCCGCCGUCUACCAGCCUUGGAGCCUCAUCCAAAUCAUCGAGCUCAUCGUCUUCCUGCCGCUCAACCUGAUCCCCUACGUCGGCACGCCUGCCUUCAUCAUCAUCACGGGCGCGCGCCUUGGCACAUUCGCACACUACCGCUGGUUCAAGUUGCGGGGGCUGGAUAAGAAGGAGCUGAAGCGCGAGAUUAAGAGUCGGGCUUGGGAGUACACUUGGUUUGGCACUGUGGCCAUGCUGUUGCAACUCGUGCCUAUAUUGUCGUUCUUCUUCUUGUUGACUUCGACGACGGGGGCGGCGCUUUGGGCGGCCAGGUUGGAGGACGAGAUGAGGAAGCCGUCUGCUUCCGGGCCGACAACAGCUGCGGAUGACGGGGCGGCUGCGCAGUACUCUACACCGGUGGUGAUAGAAGAGGAUCAUCCUGAUUCGCCACCGCCGCCUUAUACUGACAACCCUGUAUGAAGUUGAAGUUGCUUCGAGUUCUUAAAUAUCAAUGAGAUCAUGUUCAAAGGAUUGUCCCCCAAACUGUCAAAUCACUAUAUGCACAUGUGCGUCCCUAAUCAUCUAUGAUGGGAGCAUCACUCAUCCAAGGAAUCCACGUCAUGGGAUCUCGCAUCGCCCUAGAGGCUCCAAUUACCCUUCCAAGAUCGACCAAUGAGACAGUAUUAGUGUUUGUCUUCUGAGGCUCGGAAGAAGUGUUGUCUGGCAUGAGAUAAACUCUUCAGUCUCGUCCAAAAGCAAUGCACUACACCCCUAUAUCAACGUGGCCGCCCAUCACUUUUGCAGAUUUCUUCUGUUCAAGCGGACAUAUGCGCAAUAUGCUAUUCGCCGUUUACCAACGAUCUAAUCAUCGCAAAUCAUGAAUAAUAGAG